CCCGGGAAGCCGAGCUGCAGGUUGAGGCAAGGCGCUGUGCUGAGGGGACACCAGCUAAGCAGAGCACCACAGAGCCUUCCAGUGGUGAAGUGCUUCAGGGACCAGCAGGGAAGAGAGCAGAAUUGUAGGGUGCCAGGUCCCAGCUGUCUGGGGGCUCUUUCUGGGGAAGUGCUGAGACCACUGGAGAUGUAACCUUCAGGUUUCUGUAGGCAACUUGGGAGGGGAACCCACUGGCAGUGCAGAGGUAGGAACAUGGCUGAGAACACGCAGCAAGGGCAGCUCUUGCUCUUCCAGCAACUGGACUGGAAGGGUUAAGCCCUGGUCCUGACCCCCACCUCCCGCUGUCGUUCUGGGCUGCAGAGCCAGUUGGUGACAAGAGGCUGAUGCUGAUGAGGGAGCAUGUGAAGCCCGAGCUGUGAAUGGGGCUUUAUCCCAGGAGGGACCUGCCUCUGCUCCAUCCCUGCCCUGCUGCCAGCACCAGCUGCAGGCGCAGUGAUGUGCCAGUAGCCUCUGAGCUGGGAGGCAGGAAACUCGCCCUUGGGGCAGGCUGAGGUCUCCCUGCAGUGCGUGGAGGUCUCCUGGGAAGACAUGCAUGGGCAAUCUGUGCUCCAACGCAUAGGGCCUUUGUGAGGGAGGCAGGAAAGAUGAAAGACACAGGAAAGGAAGGACACAGCCCUGGUUGUUCUCUUAUGGUGCUGCUCUGGGGAUGCUCUACCACGUCCUGCAGCCCUGCCUGAGGGGUGGGCUCAGCCCCAGUGCAUGGACCAUAGCUCUCCAGGUGGCACUGAUGCAGAAAGGAGCUCCACUAGGCUCCAAAGAAUGAGACAGAGGCAUCCCCGCAUAAGAAAUGCAGCUGCAUUUGCAACUGCUGCUGCCUUGGCUCUGCACUUUGCUGUAAGGGUAUAGAUUCAUCUGUGCAACCGCCCCACUGUGCCCUCCCCACCCAGCCACCCACCAUGCCAGAGCUGGCAGAACUGAGCAACCCCCGCACCCCUGCGGACGCGGACCACAUCCAGAGGAACAUCUUGGAGGAGCAUGUGGAGCUUUGGUGGUUCCAGGACCCCAAGAAGUCCAUCCUGUGCUAUGGGAUGGCUGUGGUGCUGAUCCUGGCCUGCGGGAUUGGGGGCAUCAUCCUGCUGUACAGCACUAGCAGCCGGUCUGGGGAGUGGCGGCUGGCCGUGGGCACCACGCUUUGCCUCCUGGCCCUGCUUGUGCUGCUGAAGCAGCUGCUGAGCUCUGCAAUCCAGGACAUGAACUGCAUCCGCAGCCGGGAUCAGAUCGAGCUCCUGAAGAGCGGGGGCUUCUCGGACUGCCUGAUGCUGCUGCUCAGCGCCCUGGUGCUGGUGGUCUGUGGGGUUGUGCUCACCAUCCUCUCCACCACGACCAUGCAGCUCAGCCCCGCGCGGCCACUGGCCAGCAUGUUCACCAGUGGGGUUGUCCUCCUGACUGCUGGCAGUGCCAUCCUCCUCUCCCUGCUGCUCUACCUGCUCUGCACCUCCUGCCGCCAGGCUGCUCCUCGGAGCCUGGAGACUGGCGACAUCCGUGUCUUCACCAUCUCCGGCCGCCUUGCUGCGAACAGGCGGCUUCCUCCCACCUCCAGCAUGGCCAACCUGAUCUGACUCAGGACACCCCUGCAUGAGCUUCACUGGAUACGACCCAUCAGCAGGGCUUGUGCCAGCCUUUCCAGAGCAUUGCGGUGUGCCUCGUGCUUCUUCUGGAGAUGACUGCUGUUUGCUUUGCCCCAGGCUGACAGCACAGCAGGGACCUGGGGUGCCUGGACAGGCUCCGUGACCUGGAGAGCGCAGCGCUGGCCUGUUGGUGUUUUAUUUCCACAAAGCCUUCUGCAACAGCUGCUGCCUGCCCGGCUGUGACCUCUGGGACAGAGUUAAGGUGAGCCUGCCCUUAACCCUGAGGACCCCAGGAGUUGGUUCCUGCGGUUCCCAGAACUGCGUCGUGUGCUCUCCUGGUCGAAGGGGCUGUGAUCGCAGGUGGCAUAAAUCCACCCUGUGCUCUGUGCACAGCCACCAGCUCCCAAGCAAAGUAGAGCCUUUAGCAGCUAAUGAACGGCAGGAAUAUUCUGCGUGUCAGCAGGAAUGCAGCACAAGUGAAGGGAGCUUAGUGGGAGGUACGGCUGCAGGGUUUGCUCCCAAGAAAGCACCAGUGUGUCUGUGGAGGCAAGUGUGGGAUUUGCAUGGGAUUCUGUGUGCCAGAGCCCCAGCAUAGCUGGACCUCACAUGAAAUGCCAUUUGUGUUUGCAGUGCCAAGGUUUGUUCCAAUAUUACAUUUCUGUAGCCCACCAUCUUCUGUGGUGGUUUAUCAAAGGGGCGAUCACAUGGUGUUGGUGUCAGGGCUGAACUGUGUGUUAGGGCUCCGCUAUCAUGCCAGCGUGCUCCAGCCGUGCCAGCCACAAACAGCAAGGUGCAGUCACUGGGGGAUGAUGGUGGGAUGCCCAGAUCCUGGGGCUGCUGCUGUGCCAGGGUGGUGCGAGGGGGGAGCACUGUUGCCCUCUGACAGCACUUUCCCAAGCAGAGGCAUCUCUGCUGCCACGGGAGCACUGCAGCUCAUCCCAGUCCCUGCACGUUCCCAUGCUGUUUGUCUCCCAAGUGCUGCAGCUGCUGCCGGGCAGAAAAGUUCUUCUGCUUCAACUUGGCCCUUACCUGGAGCUUUUUUAGUGUUUUCUUUCCACAAAGUGUCUAUCACUGAGGUAUCUUUCCCAGAGGCAGACUAACAACUCAUCCCUGGGAGCUUUUCUUGUGACUUGAGGCUAAUUUAUCUGUCAAAAUUCUCAUUUCCUCCAUAGACCCAUGAACCAUUUCACUGCCCUUUCUAUCUAUAGACACAGAUCCUAACCUCCUAACGAAGCUGCUCCUGUGCAACCUUCUCUUCCUUCUCAUCUUCCUGUCUCCUCCUUUCACCCCCUCGCCUGAGCUGCUCUGCCCUGGAGGUUAUUUUAGCUCAUUAUUUGCUAAGUUCCCUCUGUAAUGGGACAAGACUGAGCUAUUAUUUUUUGGUGCCUGGUAGCGAAUUUAUUUGGAAGAGGACAGUAGCUCAUUCCCUUAGUAACAGCUUGAAUCACUGGCUAUGUUACACCUGGAGGCAGUGUCAGAGUUCAGCAUCAGUGAACCCCACCAGGUAUAUGCUGGACAAUGAGGACUUCAUCCCUUUGCAGCUCCAGACCACACCAUCCCGAUGCACUCAGAUAACACGAGGGUAAUUCUGUAUUCAUCCACUCUUGCCCUGCACCUGCUGGCUUUCCUUACCCUAAAGACCUGGUUUGUUUUCUCCAAAGUAUGGGAACAUCAUUUUGGCUUCUCUUUCUGUACCUCUGUUACUUCUACAUUUUCAUCUGCCACUUUCAUAUUAUCCAUAAAUUUUAUUAAACUGCUGUUCCUCCUGCCUCCUCAUCUGCCCAAGAGUUCAGAGGGUGUUACUAAGCUCAGGUCCUUCUGUGCUAAACCCUCUGCAAAGGAAAAAGGCACCCUUCCCCUCCAGGCUGUUUGACUGUGGGUCCAGCGGGGACCCCUGUGCAUACACUGGGAGGGACAGGCCAGAGCUGACAGUUUUGCACCGUCACUGUUACUGCUGCUCUGCACAUCUGUGUCAGUGCGCGUGCAGAGCUGCACCACCUCUGCCCACAUCAGUGCUUUAGUAGUUACUCCCAGCUCCCCCAACCUGCACGUGUGGACAGGCCACAGCUGCCUGCACACCAGCUGCUUUGCACAUCUGGGCAUUUCUGUGAAGAUGCGUGACUGUGCCUAGCUCACAGCUCUGCACUGCCUGCAUGGCAAUGCAUCUUCCCCUUCGUAGCCCCUCCAAAAUGUGCCCCAAGUAUCCAUGAAUUGUGCCAGAAAAGGAUGCUGGUGGGCUGCGUCAGCAACCCAAGGAAGGAACGGCUGAGGACAAGCUGUUCCUGAAGGUGGUGGCUUGGGUGUCUGGUGCCCGGAUGGACAGCCCGCACUGCCCCAGUCACUGACUCAUCUCUGCAGCAGCGGUACUGGUUUGUUCCUUUCUUGGUUCCUAUGUUGUGCGUGGAAAUACAUAAUAAAGUGUUACAGAAGUCGACCACGUUGAAGGCUGAUGCUUGAGCGUCAGCCCCUCUGUGAAGCGUGAAGUGGCAGGACUAUGCAGAGCUGGCCUCUGCUCAGGCUGAGCCCAGGGCAGAAAUCACGACAGCCC